AUGCCUCACUUUUCGUCUACCGAUUCUAACUCCUCCUCCAUCGCGACGCCGGAAGCUCAAUACUCCGGUGUGAGCACUCCCGUCACCGAGUACAGCCAAUUUAACUUUGGCAAGGAGGUUGCUGUGGUCGGGAUGGCCUGCCGGGUUGCUGGCAACAACAACAGCCCCGAGCAACUCUGGCAAUCUCUCCUGGAGAAGCAAGAUGCCUCGGGGGAGAUUCCCAAAAUGCGUUGGGAACCGUACCUGCGCCGCGAUCCUCGCAACGCCAGGAUUCUCAAGGAGACCACCUCGCGUGGCUACUUCCUCGAUCAUCUCGAGAACUUUGACGCUCAGUUCUUCGGUAUCUCUCCCAAAGAGGCCGAGCAGAUGGACCCUCAGCAGCGCCUGUCCCUCGAAGUCACCUGGGAAGCGUUGGAGAAUGCCGGUAUCACGGCCAAAUCGCUCUCGGGCAGUGACACGGCUGUCUUUUGGGGGGUCAAUUCCGAUGAUUACUCCAAGUUGGUCCUGGAGGAUCUGCCCAAUGUCGAGGCGUGGAUGGGCAUCGGCACGGCUUACUGUGGUGUUCCCAACCGCAUCUCGUACCAUCUGAACCUGAUGGGCCCCAGCACUGCGGUUGACGCCGCUUGUGCCUCGUCGCUUGUUGCCGUCCAUCACGGUGUCCAGUCCAUCGUCCUGGGUGAAUCCAAGAUCGCCAUUGUCGGUGGAGUCAAUGCCCUCUGCGGGCCCGGGUUGACUCGCGUUCUCGAUAAAGCGGGUGCGGUCUCGUCUGAAGGACGUUGCUGUUCAUUUGAUAACGACGUGAAGGGAUACGGCCGUGGUGAAGGAGCUGCGGCCAUUGUGCUCAAGAACCUUUCGAGUGCUAUCCAAGACGGCGACCAUAUCAUGGCCUUGAUCAAAGGAACCGCCGUGGCGCAGGACGGCAAAACCAACGGCAUCAUGGCCCCCAACGCCAAAGCCCAGCAGCUUGUCGCCCGCAACGCUCUCAAGGUCGGCAAUGUUGAUCCUCUCACGGUCGGAUAUGUUGAGGCCCAUGCCACCUCGACCCCUUUGGGGGAUCCCACCGAAGUUUCGGCCAUUGCCGCCGUCUACGGCGCUGAACGAGAGCCUGAAUCCCCAUGUUUCAUCGGAUCCAUCAAGCCAAACAUUGGCCAUUUGGAAGCCGGCGCCGGCGCCAUGGGCUUCAUCAAGGCGGUCAUGGCCGUACAAAAAGGUGUUCUCGCCCCUCAGGCCAACCUCACCACCCUAACCAAGAAGAUCGACUGGGACCGCGUCGGCCUGAAGGUGGUCCAGGAAGAAACCAAGUGGCCUUCUACUGACGAGAUUCGCCGUGCUGCGAUCUGCUCCUAUGGUUACGGUGGGACGGUUUCCCACGCUGUCAUCGAGCAGUUCACUCUCCCUGAAACCCCGGAUCUAACUCCGGUCUCGUCCUCAUCAAGUCCCACGCUGCUGCUGCUUUCGGGACCCCAGGAGAAACGUCUGCCCUUCCAGGCCCGUGCUCUCGGUGAAUGGUUGCAGUCGGAGGGUUCUCACCAUGAACUGAAACGCGUGGCCUCGACGCUCGCAGUCCGACGCGAUCACCACGACUAUCGCGUUGGCCUCGUUGUCGACAGCCAAGAGGAUGCCAUCCAUGCUUUGGCACAGUUGGCCUCGGGAGCCCAUCAGGCCAACGCCUGGACCUCGCAGAGCCGCGUCUUCGGCAGGGAUGUCAACAAGGAGGUCGUCUGGGUGUUCUCUGGCCAUGGCGCUCAAUGGGCCGGGAUGGGCCAGGAAUUGCUGCAAAACCCUGUCUUCUUCCAAGCUAUUCAACCCUUGGAUGAUAUUGUCCAAGCGGAGACCAAUCUCUCUCCAAUUGCGCUUCUGCAAACCGGCGAGUUCGAAGCCUCUGACCACGUCCAGAUCCUGACCUACGUCAUGCAAAUUGGCAUCGCCGCCAUCCUCCACAGCCACGGGGUCUAUCCUCAGGCCAUCAUCGGCCACUCAGUUGGUGAAAUUGCCGCCAGCGUGGUGGCGGGCGCUCUCACGGCCGAGGAAGGGGCGGUUCUCAUCACACGUCGGUCGGUUCUCUAUCGGCAAGUCAUGGGCCAGGGCGCGAUGAUCCUCGUCCACAAACCCUAUGCGGAGAUGGCGGACGAACUGGCUGGGGCUGAGAAUCUCGUCGUGGCCAUCGACUCUUCCCCCUCGUCUUGCGUCGUGGCCGGAUCAACCGCAGCUGUUGCCCAAAAGGCCGCCGAGUUGAAGCAGCGGUCCAUCCAGACCUUCACCGUCCGCACCGACAUCCCCUUCCACAGCCCCAUGUUGAAUCCGCUAGUGGUUCCCUUGCUGCAUUCGCUCGACGGCCGUCUCGCCCCCACGGCCCCAACUCACGCAAAGCUCUACUCGACGUCUCUGGCCGAUCCUCGGGGCCAGGACUUGCGUGAUGCUACCUACUGGGCCAACAACAUGAUCAAUCCCGUCCAUCUCACGUCGGCCGUGCAGGCCGCGCUGGCGGAUUCCUACCGCAUCUUCCUGGAGGUGUCCUCACACCCGCUGGUCUCGCACUCGGUCAACGAGACCAUUAUGGCGGCCGGCCUGGAAGAUUUCUGCAUGGUCCCGACUCUGGUGCGCAAGAAGCCCAGUGAAAAGUGCAUCCUCCACGCCAUAGCUCAGCUGCACAGCCGCGGCGCGACGGUGGACUGGAAGUCGCACUGUUCCGGACCCUGGGCCGGCGGAUUGCCCAACACCCACUGGAUGCACAAGCCUACGUGGCGCCAGGUUGGGGCAGGCAAUGUCCAUGAACCAUCGCAGCAAACUCAUGAUGUCGAGAAGCACGCUCUUCUAGGUCAGCGCAUCGGCGUCGCUGGGACGGAUACGGUAGUGUAUACAACUCGACUGGACAACGACAGCAAGCCCUUCCCCGGCAGCCAUCCAUUACAUGGCACAGAGAUUGUUCCUGCUGCCGGUCUGGUCAACACCUUCAUCAAGGCCACGGGGGCCAAUGCCUUGCAUGAUGUCGCCCUGCGCGUCCCCAUCGCCAUCAAUGCGCCCCGAUCCGUGCAGGUUGUGACUCAGCGCGAUGAAGUCAAGAUCAUGUCUCGAUUGAUCCCAGAGAACCAGAGCGCUAUUGACGACUCCUCGUGGGUCACUCACACCACCGCGCGGUGGAAUUCUAUGCCUACCCUAACGACUUCAAAAGCCCACAUCAAUACCCAAGCGGUCAAAGACCGCAUUGGAACGCGUUUGCGCGAUGACUUCUCGAUCGACUAUCUCGCUAAGGUCGGCGUGUCGGCCAUGGGGUUCCCUUGGGCCAUCACCGAGCAUUACGGCAACACCGAGGAGAUGAUUGCUCGCGUCGAUGUCGCUCCCGCCGUGGCUGCAGACGGUGAUCUGCCCUGGGAUACAUCCUCUUGGGCUCCCAUUCUGGAUGCAGCCACCUCCGUCGGAUCGACCAUUUUCUUCGACCAGCCCCGGCUGCGUAUGCCAGCCCAGAUCGAACGGGUCGAAAUCUUCACCCGGGAGAAUCCGCCCAAGACAGGGUGGUUGUAUGUGCAGGAAGCCUCCGACUCCGCCCUAGCGUCGCAUGUCAGCGUAUGUGACGAGGCGGGCAAUGUGGUGGCCAAGUUCACCUCGAUGCGCUUCGCCGAGAUCGAAGGCGCUCCUGGGGUCAGCGGCAGCAUGGAGAGUCUCGUCCACCAGAUGGCCUGGCCCCCAGCCGUGCCCGUUGAGGUGCCUCUUCCCAUUCAUCAGAUUGUGCUGGUCUCUGAGGACAAGGCUCUCCGAGAGGAAUACGCAGGCACGAUCUCGACGCCGACGCAAAUAUUCCAGCUCUCCAAUGCCAGUGAUCUAGCCCUCCAGCGGGACAUUUUGCCUCUCAACCACAAGGAAACGGCCAUUGUAUACAUUCCGAGUCAGGUCCCUUCCCUGCAGAACGUGCCUGAGGCGGCUGAAGCCUUUACAUGGCAGCUUCUCGAGAUCGUCAAGUUCGUUAUCAACCAUACCUUGCCUGCCAAGGUCUUUGUCGUCACGUCUAACACUGCCGAGGGAGCAACUCCAACAGCCCUCGCGCAAGCACCACUGGUAGGUCUCAGCCGGGUCAUCGCCAGCGAGCAUGGGGAUCAAUUCGGGGGCCUCAUCGACACUGAAGUCCCGACCUUCCCUCUGGCGACGAUGCGCUACAUCCAAGGGGCCGAUAUCAUCCGCAUUCGCGACGGAAUGGCCCGCACAAUGCGUCUGCGUCCUCUCCCCCGUCACCUCCUCCUGCCCACCGAUACGGGCUCCCCAUCUCCUGCACCGCUCCUACCCCGUCCCGAUGGCACAUACCUCAUCACCGGCGGUCUGGGAGCCCUAGGACUCGAAGUGGCCGACUUCCUCGUCAGCAAGGGCGCCCAGCGCGUGAUCCUCCUCUCUCGGCGUGAUCUUCCUCCGCGCCGCGCCUGGUCCGCCCUCCCGUCCGACGAUGCCCUAGCCCCGGCCAUCGCCAAAAUCCAAGUCCUCGAGUCCCGCGGUGCAUCCAUCCACGUCCUCGCCCUGGACAUCAGUGUCCCGAAUGCAGCGCAACGUCUUACGGGGGCUCUGGAUCAGCUCGGUCUCCCCCCUGUCCGCGGCGUCGUUCACGCCGCUGGGGUUCUCGAUAAUGAACUGGCGGUGCAGACUACACCGGGGGCGUUUUCGCGCGUCCUCGCCCCCAAGGUCACCGGCGGGCUAGUGCUGAAUGAAGUCUUCCCAGCGAGCACGGUCGACUUCUUCGUCUUAUUCUCCUCAUGCGGCCAGCUCGUCGGCUUCACGGGGCAGAGCUCCUACGCCGCUGGUAACGCCUUCCUUGACACGCUGGCCACGCACCGCCGCCAGCAAGGGGAUCACCACGCCGUCGCCAUCCAGUGGACCUCGUGGCGCGGUUUGGGCAUGGGCGCCAGCACCGACUUCAUCAACGCUGAGCUAGAAAGCAAAGGUAUCACAGACGUCUCCGCCGACGAGGCAUUCGCCGCCUGGCUACACCUCGCCAAAUACGAUGUCGACCAUGCCGUCAUCCUCCGCAGUCUCGCCUUCGACGCCGACGAACCCCUCCCUACCCCCGUGCUCACCGAUAUCGCCCUGCGCCGCGCACCGAGCGUGCCCUCUUCCGCUGGUACCACCAUCACAGACGGUAGUCAUUCGGUUGUUACCAACUCGGAUCGAGCCAAGAUGCCCCCCGUCGGUCCCGCCCGGAAAGCCUUCCUCGACGAGGCCAUCCGCUCCUGUGUCGCCGUCGUCCUCCAUCUGGCCACCGACGAGGUCGACUCCAAGGCCGCGUUGGCCGAUCUGGGCAUCGACUCUGUUAUGACCGUCACGCUGCGGCGGCAUCUGCAGCAAGCCCUCAAGAUAAAGGUGCCACCCACGUUGACGUGGAGCCAUCCCACUGUGAGCCAUUUGGUUGGUUGGUUUGCGGAGAAGCUAGAAUCGACUGAAUAG